AUGGAGAGCAAGUACAAGCGACUUGUUGCCGAGUACGCGCGGGUCAAGGGCCACAACGCGGUGCUGAAGAAGGCUGUGGUGGAGGAACAGGAGAACUCGGCGAGGCUCUCUGGUGCACUCAAUCUCCUUCGGCAGAAGAACAGGAGACUCGCCUCGUGGUGGUCCGGCUCGUCGGCAAAGCAGGUCCGUAUCGAUGAGCUGGAGGCGCAUGUUCACGUGCUGGAGGAGCAACUGGCUCACGCCAUUGCCCAGGCCGAAGUCUUUGGCUCGGAGAAGUUUGAGGCUCAGCGGGCGCAUGCCGAGGAGGUGGCGACGCUCAACGGCCAUGUCAAGGCUCUGGAGGCCUCGCUGGUGGCAAAGUCGGACGAGCUGACCGCAGCGGCGGUGGCGGCCGACGACGCCGCUGCGGACGCGCAGGCCAAGAUCGAGACCCUCGAGUCGGCACUCGCCGCAGUCACAGCCUCGUACGAAGCAACGCUUGCCAAGCUCGCCUCGCUACAGGGUGAGGUCUCGACCUCGCUUCGCAAGCUCAACGACUCUCACUUUGGCGGCGUCGCCCCGUUUUACUACCCGCUCCUCUCCGAGUCCGAGUCGGACACGUCGGGCCUAGCGCCGCCAGCGUCGCCGAUUCCACAUGCCCGCGAUGGCUCCGAGGCCCCGGACUCGCCGCUGGACCUCCGCCUCCUCCUCGCCCGCUCCGCCGCCGCUGUCGCCGCCGGCGCCAGCCACAGCCUCUCGCUACCCGAGCUGGAGGACGCUGUCGACUCGCUGGUCUCGGGCCUCGAGUCGUCAUUUAUGGCAUUCCAAGCCUCGGCCAUCGCCCUCGCCACCCCCGACCGAACAGCCGUGCGCGAGAGGGCCGGCAGUGCCGCCCCGCAAGCCGCCGAGCCUCGCCAGGCUCUCACCUUUGCAGACGACUCGCUCCUCGCCUCGGCCGCCAAACCCGUGCGGGCAAGCGCUCCGCUCUCGCCGCUCGAGUGCCAGCGCGCGGUCCAGCACGCGUGCGAGCGCGGCGCCGCUCUUGCUCGCGCCCUUGGUCGUGCCAUGCAGCUCCGGGCCGCCGGUCGCGGCGCUUCGCCCAAGCUCGCCACUCUUGCCGGCCAGUGCUUCACCACGCUCUCGGCCAUUGCCGCCCAGCUCGGUGAGGCGAGCUCGUGGUCGGCCGACGACGCCGUCGAGCCUCAGACCGGCGCCCUAACAGGCACCGCGGUUUCCGCCGGUCGCGCACUUUCGGGCGCGUUCAAGAAGCUCCUCCCGUACAUGCUCGCAUACCUCCGGGUCGACCACCAGGUUGUCUCGGACGUCGCGCCCGAGCUCAAGGGUGUCAACAAUGCGCUAGGCCCGCUGUUCGCCACUGUGGCGGCGGCCGUCGAUGCGCUCGUCGCCGUGGACUCGGUCAGCAAGCUCGGGUACGCGUCCCACAUCGAGCCGCUCGUCGGCGCCGUUGCCCAGCUUGAAGUCUGCCUCCGGCGCAACUAUGAGAUUCGCGACGCGGUCAUCGCUCCUGCGCCAGACCUCUCGGCUGCCUGCGCAGACGUCCUCACCAUCGGCAACGAGCUGCGCAUGGCCCUCUCCCGCCUCGCCUUUACACCUCCUUCUCCCGGCUCAGAGGCUCCGCCGUCGUCGACGCUCCUCACGCCAGCUACGCCUGCUACGCCUGCUCCGCCGUCGACGCCGUCGAAUCGCCCGCCGCGCCUUGCUGUGGCCUCGCCGCUCGUCGCCUCGCCGCUGGCCUCGCCCAUGGUCCACUCAACGGUCCAGCGGUACAUCGACUCGGACGCCGCCGACGUCAUCGCCAAGCUCCAGCGCGCGCUGGCGGCAAAGACUGCUCAGCUCGAGGCCAUUGUCCGCGAACGCGGGACAGUCGUUGUUCUCGACACAGCGGCGCCCGGCCCGCGCGACGAGACCAAGCUCCGCAUGCGGCUACACUACGAGGACAAGGUGUCGUCGCUCGAGCGGCUGCUCACCGCCGCAGACGCCCGCGCCGGUGAGAUGUAUCAGGCCGCGCUCGCUGCCAAGCACGAGCUCAAAGACAUGCAAGGCACGCUGGACGAGACGUUGCACUCGGUCUCGGAUCGGGACAUCGCGCUCGCCGCCGCUCGCGAUGAGCUCGAGACCACCCGUCGCAACUACGAGGAGCAGCUCAACACGCUCACCAACCACAUCUGCUCGCUCCAGGCUGCGCGCCGUCCGUAGGCCCCGAUGCCAGUCACAGCGAUGCCUUGAUCUGCGCCGACGAUGCGCACCAUUGCAGCCAGCCGCCGAGCAGGCGCCGCGGCGAGUACAUGAGGGCAGCCUUGGCCGAGUGAAACGGGCCGACAAAGACGUGGAGGUGGA